CUCACUUCAGUGUUACGUCAUCCUGUGUCCCAGUGUCCUUUUGUUUCCAGUGGAUUUGUUUAAUUUCUCCUACAGACUGCCUGCUGACGUGGACCUGCCUGACUGACUGCUACAACUGUUCAUCCUGGCCCUUUCACUGGUGGGAGAACCGGAGCCGGGGCAGAGGCGCUGAUAUAUAAGGCAGACCAGAACAGGACAAGCAACACAACAACUCCAAAGCAGAGCGGAUUCAGUAGCGCACACAGCGGAGCGUUGCCUGGACUUGUGUUUCACGUCUGUGCGUCCUGACAGGCGUAAUGACUGAUCACACACAUUCGAGAGCGUGAUCCAUAUCGACUGACAUGUCAGCGCUCCUUGAACUCACACAGAUCUGCUAUUUUUAACAUUUUUACGCGGAUGGAUUACUCAUGCAGCACUUUCUGACGCUGCACAUGCUUUUAUUCCCAUGCACACAGACUCGCAGGAGCUCAUAAAGUCGCUGUUUUUGGGACGCUUUCACUAAACUUGCUGCAGCGUGAACUGUAUUAGAGUGAGCACUUCCCGAGAUGGAGUUGAAGAGCGCUUGUCGUAUGUUCCUUUUCCCCGUGCAAAUGCUCUUUUGUAUCGUCAGGGCGAGUUUGUCAGCGCUUUUGCCUGGCAGAAGGAAGGACCUGACCAAGGAGGUGGUAUUGGUCACCGGAGGGGGAAGAGGCAUCGGGCGUCACCUGGCCAAAGAGUUCGCCAGGCAGGGGGCCAGAAAGGUCAUCCUGUGGGGAAGGACUGAAAAGUGCCUUAAGGAAACAGCUGAGGAGAUCUCUCUCUCAGGGACAGAGUGCCACUACUUCCUCUGUGACGUGGCAAACCGGGAAGAAGUUUACAAGCAGGCCAAGGUGGUUAGAGAAAAGGUUGGAGAUGUUACGAUAUUAGUGAACAAUGCGGCUGUGGUCCACGGCAAAAGCUUGAUGGACAGCGACGAUGAUGCCCUCCUGAAAUCCCAACACAUCAACACCAUGGGACAGUUCUGGACAACAAAGGCCUUCCUUCCUCGGAUGCUGGAGCUGCAGCACGGCCAUGUAGUGUGCAUAAACUCCAUCCUGUCCCAGUCCCCCAUCCCCGGGGCCAUAGACUACUGCACCUCCAAGGCAUCAUCGCUGGCCUUCAUGGAGAGUCUGACGCUCGGCCUGCUGGACUGUCCCGGCGUCAGCUGCACAACCGUGCUGCCCUUUCACACCAAUACAGAGAUGUUCCAGGGCAUGAGAGUCAGGUUUCCUCAGCUCUUUCCUCCUCUCAAACCCGAGGUGGUCGCCCAGAGGACUGUGGAUGCCGUCAGAGCUGACAAGGCCUUCCUCUACAUGCCCUGGACUAUGCAUGCUCUUGUUAUUCUAAAAAGCUUCAUGCCACAAGUUGCACUUGAAGAAAUCCACAAGUUUUCCGGGAGUUAUACCUGCAUGAACACAUUCAAAGGGAGGACAUGAACCUGGACUGAGCACAAACUGCGAGCGCCCUGAGCCGCUCUUGGGUGUAAUGAAGGGAAUAUGGACCUAUAAACAUGUUGAAGUGGAGGAGGCCCCAUUCCAGUGUGAAGACAAACACUUAGGGGACACACAAGGGUUGUUGCUCCUGCAGGUAGAAUUAAUCGAUAAGCUGCAGGACACACCCUGGUCCCAUUUGUAUGCAUGUGUGCAGGCGUAUGUGUAUAGUAUAAAGGACUGAAUGCCAUUCUCACUCUGAACAGAGGCCAUGCUUAGUUCUGAACCAGUAGUUAUUCUAGGAGGUUUUUAUUUGUGACACUUGUGUUAGUCUGUUUUUCCACCUCUUUUUUUUAUUCUCCUUUUUAACUUGUUUUUGAAUCCAAACCAGAUAAUAAAUGGAGUUUUAGAGAC